AUGAAGGCCGGGGGCCAGCCGCCAAGGAGAGGCCGAGGGGCAGCGGAGCCAGCACGGUUUGCACACGGUGUGCACGUCGGGCCGCCUCUUUCUGCCUAUCUCGUGACCCCGAAACUGCAUCCCUGGAACCGAGGACCCAAGGCGCCGGGCGGGCGGGUGAACCCAGCCAGUCCCCUCCCAGUCCCCGCAACCCCCGCCUCCGGGUUGGGGCGACCCGGCCUCUCCCCGCCGCUGCUGGGCCAACCCCGGAGGGAGGCAGGGCAGGUGCUGCGGGCUCUGCCGAAAGCGCUGAAAUCGAAAACCGUCGCCACUCCAGGAGAAUUGAAGCAAGUGGGGCUGAGGUUCAGCUCGGCGGCACCUCUGCCCCUAGCCUCAGCCGGGGAGCCUGCCGAGUCGCCGCACCCCUCCGGCGGCUUGCUGGGUGCAAAGCGGGGCGGAGGGCUACAGCCAGGCGCGCAGCUUUGUGCGCCCGGCCAGAGCCGGGAGCGGCGGGGUGAGCGCGCAGCCCCGGGCUGUCUGAGCCUCCCCGCAGAGCCGAGCUCCUCGCCGCCCACCGAGCCCACCCCGCGGUCCCGCAGCUGCCAGCGGCUCUCCGCUCCGUCCCGAAGCACCACGCCUGCCGCCUGGAGCCCCUCCGGAGCCGGCCGACCCCACAUGGAUUCUCAACAGGUGGCCAAGAUUCCAGGAACGCACCGGUCCCCGCACUAUCCCUGCGAGAACAGCUUCCAGUCGCGUGCUAGCCACCCGCAUUCCCAUACCAGCACGCCGGAGACCAGCGCGCCCGCCGGCUUCGGGGACUAGAAGACGCGCGGGCCAGCAAGGCGGCGCCCGGCGGAGGGAUACAUCGCAAGGCGGUAGCGGCACGACCCUGACCACCCUUCUUGUGUCCUUGCGCCAGAGAGGCCGUCUCACCUCCAAAGGCGUCUUCACCCCCGGAGGGCCCAGGCUUCCAGCCACAGCCCGGCAACACUGGGCCCGCGCGCCCGAGAGGAGGUGCUCCGACGGCAAAAAUCCCAUACAUUUUUAACUACAGUGAUUACUAAAUUAAUAGCAGGCACUAAGACAGAUGUCAAAACGUCUUGAAAAUGUUUAUCUGUGAAUAAUUGAGAAGGUGGUGGGACGCAUUAUCUGAUUGUGUAAUGAAAUAUGUAUGAGGAACAGCUGUUUGCAACAGUCCCCUCCCGCCGCCGCCUCAGCCGGGGCCCUUCUCUUGAAAGCAGAAGUCUCGAUGAAGUUGGUUGCCCACUUCCGAACACUUGGGAGCCCGCUGGGCCCCUCCGGGGCUGCUGGCAGAGCUGUGGUUCCAGCGCGCGCCGGGGACAAACUCGCUUCUUGGCGGAGGACAUCAACGUGGAGUCACCCCUCGGCCUCGCUCUUUUGGCUUUGGUGGCGGGGUGAGGCUGCCCCGCCGGCCGACCUGGCCUUCGUGCCUUCGGGACUGGCAGCGGGCUUGACUUGCCCGACCCAAGGAGAGCGCGGGCUCCGGCGGCGGCGGAGGCCCGGCCCUGGCUUGCGCCCCCGGAGUGGGGCGGCCUGCUCUAAGGCGAGGGCCUGGAGUCAACGUGAGGUGACGGGGCUCCCAAGGGGGCUUUGUUUGGCGCCGCGGCCACACCGCGAACUUCCUUCCAGCCCCCAGCCGGUCCCCACCCCAAACCCGCGCGCCGGCCCCGUUUGUUUUUCCCAGUCCCACGCCCUCCACCGGGGCGCGCCAACAGUUCUCGGGGCGGCGUCAGCGGCUCGGGGCUGUGGCCCAAGGCAGGCCCGAAUCCCGCUGGGCUCAGCGAGGCGAGCUCCAAACGCUCAAGGCGCGGAGAAGGAGCUCGCGGUCUUUCUGAAAUUCUGGGGUAGGGGUCGGUCAGGCCGGGGAGGUGGCCGAAUGAGGCGCAUGGCCUUGGCGGGAGGCAGAGGCCCAAGUCCUGGUCUCGGAAGGGAGCGGGCGGCCUGCCGCCACUCACUCCACUGCCGCCGGGCCCCGUCCCUCUGCCCCAGCCAGGCAGAGAGUGGCAGCGGCACGGGAGUUAUACGAGGACUGACCCUCUAGACUUGGACCUUGAACGCGGCGUGGGCAACAUUCUAGACCUGUGACCCCUUGCGGGCGUGAUGUUUUCUUCUCCGAGUUCCAGGCGCCGCGUAUCGCGGCGAAGGGUGGCCUGAGCCCUGUGCUACCCUCGGCCCCCAACCGGGCUAUAGGCCAGCCCGCGCCCCCCGCCUUUGCGGCCUCCCAACUUUUCGUCCUCCCGAACCUGGCGACCCCGUCAUUCGUUCCCGGCGUCCAGCCUUUGGCCCCGCCAGCCCUUCGGGCACCGCGGGCCCUGACCGCUCCGGGGCUGGAGAGCGGAGGAGCUGCGGCUCCAGGGCAGCGAGCGUCUACGAGGAUUCCACCCGCUGCCUCUGAGUCGAGAUGCGCUCGGGCGUUAUUUCUCGGGCGUCCCCCCUUUUACCUAAUCCCUAUGCUUUUAUUCUAAUCCCACACAUUACGGUUAAUCUGUAAUGAUACCGCUUCGGAGGUACCUGUUGCAUGGGAGGCACGGUAAUUUGUAGCCUUGGAAACAGUUUAAAAUAAAGAUUAUAAACAGUGA